UGCAAAUCAGCAUUCUUGUGAGUGUCUAUCUUAUUACAAAUGUCAUUAUAAUUAUUAAAUGCAUUAAUUAAGUGCGUUCUUCUGUGACUAAGUUCAAAUGUAUCAGUUUGACUUUCGAGAAAAUUGCUUAUCCAGUUUACAUUUCGUUCAAAUGAUGAUUUGCAUGUACCAAUCUCCCUCUUCAGUGCGUCCAUAAUUAAAAUAUAUAAAAUUUAAAAAAUUUAAAUAUUGAUUGUCCAGUGACAAUCUGUAAAUAUUGUGAUUUUAACGGUACACAAAGAGAGAUCGUGGUUGAAAAUAUAGUGAGUAUGUAGUGUAAAAAGAAAUAAAAAUUAUGCAAAAUAUUUAAAAAGGAGAUGAGCAGAUAUAUAUAAAAAAUAAAGAGUAAACAAAUAAAUUGUCCUUUAAAAACACAUGCGUACACAAACUUAUUGAGUUAAUGAUAAUAUGUGGAGUAAUAUUUAAGGAAAUAAAAUAAAAGUUCAUAAAGUUUUUUAUUAUUGCGAUGUUACCUUAGUAUGCGUCAAGAAAGCGUUGUUCUUGAAGAAUGGGACGGUGUCAGCGUGGCGGCGGGCAGCGGGAGCAGCACCAGGCCGAGGUGGAGGCGAUCAGCGGGACAGCAACGGUCCAAGUUGGAGGCGGUCAGCGGGACAGCAAACGGUCCAAGGUGGAGGCGGUCAGCGGGACAGCGACGGUCCAAGUUGGAUGGCAAUCAGCGUGAGAGCAAUGGUGCAAGGUGGGGUCGAUCAGCGGAACAGCAACGGUCCAAGGUAGAGGCGAUCAGCGGGACAGCAACGGUCCAAGGUGGAGGCAGUCAACAGGACAGCGACGGUCCAAGGUGGAGGCGAUCAGCGGGACAGCAACGGUCCAAAGGUGGAGGCGGCCAGCGGGACAGCAACGGUCCAAGGUGGAGGCGAUCAGCGGGACAGCAACGGUCCAAGGUGGAGGCGGUCAGCGGGACAGCGACGGUCCAAGGUGGAGGCGAUCAGCGGGACAGCAACGGUCCAAGGUGGAAACGGUCAGCGGGACAGCAAUGGUCCAAGGUGGAGUCGAUCAGCGGGACAGCAACGGUCCAAGGUAGAGGCGGUCAGCGGGACAGCAACGGUCCAAGUAGAGGUAAUACGAUCACCGGAACAGCCGAUAACGAUUCGAUUCAAUUUCAACACCGCGAGCCUUGCUUCUGGGUAUGCAGACGAUUCUUUGAAUCGUCCCACCAGGGGUACCAAAUUAUGUGUAGGACGCUUCACCUGUGGUAAAAGGACCUGGUGAAUAUCUCCUGUCCUUCACACAAGAGGGGAACCAGCUUCUAUAGUGGUUGAUAUAAUUAGACUCUGAUAUUCUUUGUCGAGUCGAAGCAAGGUGUAAAUCGGUGUUGAAAUGAUUAAAAUACGUGUGAGAUAAUUAGUUUAUUUAACACAAACACUAAUAUUUACAAGUAUCGUACAAAAUAAUUAUUAUUGUUUUUACUACAACAAAAAAAAACAUACAUAAAUUUGCUAUGUGCAAUUGACAGUAAAGUGAACCGCGAUUUAAGAGUGAAACAUGUGAUUAGUAACAAGUGAGAGAAGAUUCGCGUGAAAAACCGUGUAAUGCGAUAGGAAAAUACGAGACGUGAAUACUUUCAGAGUUGAGCGAGAGACGCGACCGAUUAGCUCGGUAGUUGACGAAUAAGUGAUUGAGAGACGAGAGACUAAAAACGACUUAGGCAUAAGGAUUCCUUUUUCCUUUGGGUCCCCAAAAAG